AUGGCAACAUUCCUAUCAACCAUGAAUACAACAACUGUAAUGGUUAUGGCUCCAGUACCCAAUCUUUUAGCCAAUACGGUGACCACAAUCACAGUAGCCAAUACAACUUCAGUCACCAAGUUCCAACCAUGUGUUCCACCUACUCCUCUAGAGGAAAAUGAGGUGGAUGAGGAAUGUGUUAUUGACAAAGAUGCGGACGAGUUGGCCAUAGAGUUGAGCACUCAGGUCGAUCUUCCCAUUGAGAAGCUCACACUAAUUGAGAGAAAGGAGUCUACCCAAAGGGAUAAGACCCAAAAGGUGGUCGAGGUUGAAGAUCGAAAUACGAUCCAAUCUGAGACAGCCAUCCCAAGAAAUGUUGACCUACAGUCUAGCAAGAGAGGAGGUUGGAACAUGAACCAAUCUUAUGCACUCAUAAUAGACAUGGUUAUAUAG